CGUUCGCUCGCCUCACUCGCGCAUCCUCCCGACGUUCGACCUCACAGACAGUACACCCGCUAUGCGUCUGUUCCUGGCUCGGAUAUCUUCGACGCUUCUCCGCGAGUGUCACCUCGUCGAUAGAAGACCUUCUCGAGGCGCGCGAGUCGUCGCAUCGCGCGGGACAUCAAGUUACCAUGUUGCUGCCAGCUGGCCUGCGAGCGACCGCAGGGACACGACCAUCUGCGCUCUGUCUUCUGGUCACGGAAAAUGCGGUGUGGCGGUCGUGAGAAUAUCGGGAAGCCGAUCUCUAGAAGCGCUGAAAAGGAUGACGAGCAUAUCCAAGCUGGAACCGAGGAGAGCCUUCCUACGGAAGAUACGCGAUCCGGAAACGGGAGAGGUCAUCGACAAUGGACUCUGCUUGUGGUUUCCAGGUCCGUACUCGUUCACCGGUGAAGACUCCGUCGAGUUUCACGUACACGGCGGAUCAGCGAUUUUAACGCGUUUGAUGCAAGUCCUCUCGAAGCUGCAGGUGCAGCCGGCGCUACCAGGCGAGUUCACCAGACGUGCCUUCUAUAACAAUAAGCUGGACCUGACGGAGGUGGAGGGCCUGGCCGACUUGAUAGAGGCCGAAACCGAGUGCCAGAGGAAGCAAGCGUUGUUGCAGGCUGAUGGUAUUCUUCGCAAACUGUAUGACAACUGGCGGAAGGUAUUGUCAGAAUCCGUGGCGAGUAUCGAAGCGUACAUUGAUUUCGGUGAGGAAGACAACAUCGAGAGCGACGUGGUACAAAACGCGCACCACGCUCUCAGACAGUUGAUGCGGGAUCUGGAGGAGCACUUGGCUGACGGCAGGCGAGGCGAAAUUCUACGCAACGGAGUGAGGACCGUGAUCGUUGGCGAACCGAACGUGGGCAAGAGCAGCUUGUUGAAUCAUCUGGUGCAGCGAAAUGCCGCCAUCGUCACACCUAUCGCUGGUACUACGAGGGACGUCAUCGAGCUGACCGCCAACAUCUCGGGCUAUCCCGUGCUGAUAGCGGACACCGCCGGUAUCACGGACGACACCGGGGAUAUCGUCGAAGCCGAAGGUGUCCGUCGAGCGAGACGUCACGCGGAGAAUGCCGAUUUCGUGGUCGUCGUGGUGGACGCGUUUAAGUGCGCUAGCAGCGGCAUGAUGUACGAGGAUUAUAUACGCGAAUACUUGUCGUCACUGGGGAUACUGGAACUGUUGACAAAAAUCGGGAGAGAACGUUAUGUCGUAAUAGCGAAUAAAAAAGAUUUACUGAAGGAGGAAGAGAAACGGUGUUUUAGCGAUACCGAAGCGAUUCUGACAUCUUGCAGAACGGAGGACGGUUUUCAGGACCUGCUGCGGUCGCUGACAGAUCGCUUCAGUAAAAUAUGUGGUAACCCGUCUGCGGAGAGUCCGACCAUCAGUCAGGCAAGACAUAGAAAUCACUUGGCGCAGUGCUUGAGGCAUCUGCAGAGUUACUUCGAACUGUGCGCCAACGAGCAGCAUGACAUGGCCAUAGCGGCGGAGGAGAUUCACAAAGCGAUGCGAGAACUCGGGAGGAUAACAGGACACGUUAGCACUAAUGAGAUACUAGACAUUAUAUUCAAAAACUUUUGCAUUGGCAAAUAAAACGCUGCACCUAAAA